AUGGGCACCAGAAGAAAUGGGUCCAUUGUUAGUGUAAUACUAAGACAGGGGGCUAAAAAUGGGUUUCAACUGAAUGAUUUAAAACCUUUGAAUGAAUUGCUCAAAAUAUAUGCCAGUUUGAAAGAUGAGGGUAGCAAAGACGCCUACUGGUUGUGUUGGACCAGUGUGUUACAGCCUAAUAGCUUGACACUUAUUACAGGAAAGGAUGUACCUUUGUUGGACGAGUUGCUUGUUCGUGGGUGCUCUGGAUCAGACGAAUGGAAGUAUUUAAUACUGUUGGACAAGAUCGCUUCCAGUGGUGCGGGUGGAGUGAAGUUCUUACGUGGAAUUCUAGAACAACAUAUAACAAAGCGGGUUGAGACGCGCUUCCUUGGCCAAAAGCUGUUUUUGUUUAAACUACUGUGCAAGCUGGCUUGCCUUCAUCUAUACCAACCUACAGCUAACAUGCAAGACGAACUGGGACGUUCCAAUGGUGGGGAGGACAAUUUAGAGAUAAUCAAAGUGUUAUACCUUCCAAUGGGGAACGUAUUCCCCCUGGAUCAAUUAAUCUCUGGGAAUAAAACGUGUUUGAGCUCUCAGACGUAUGUCCAAAUGUUCAAGGGGGACUUAUACCUGUUUGGGGACCAUAAUAUGAUUUUGGAGAUCCCUAAAUCCCAUUUUUCGGUACAGAAGGGGAUUGAGAGUCAUUUACUCUUGCAGGUGAGUGGGGGUGUGAGACAAUUGUAUGGACAGUCAAUAGUGGUCAAGCAGGUAAGGACUCUGUCAUUAAGAAUUAAUGACCAUUUGCAAAUCGAUAAGUUGUUUAGAGCAUUGCAUGAACCGCAAUUCAGAGUAAGCGAGUCUAUCAGAUAUCUAACAUUGAUGAGUUCUGAAUUAGUCCCCGAGGAGGAGGAAUGCGUGGAAGAGGGCUCGUCAGUACCAGACAUAACGGUAGUACCUACAGAUGACAAUCUUGCAUUUACCCAGCAGUUGGCGACACCUGAUCAGUCCGACCACUGGCGGCCGCCAGCGAACUCACCAGAGGAGUCGCCCACUGUGCUAGUUCAGAAAAGAAAGAUGACGCGAGAAACAACAAGAACAAGAGAAGAAUUAGAGAAGCAGUUUGAUUUAGAAAACUCGAACCCGCCAAAUGGGGUACCUAUAACAUCCUCGUUGAUAAUCACCAAGUACAACGACAAAAAAAGUACUGUCCCAGACACGCGUCAUAAAAAAGUUACCCCCAAAAGGUCGGUAGGCCUAAAGGACAUUUCCGUGUUGAAUAAUAUCUUCAACAAGAGUCUUGCAGCCCCGAAGAAGGGCGCCGCAUCCAAUCGCAGUGCCCAAAAGGUGCAAUCAAAGGGCAGAGUCCAAAAAACGCCGAAUCGAGGUAAACGAGAACGACACUUGUCGAGUUUCCCCAAUUUAGUGAAACCGGUAAUCCAGAUCACAACCCAGGACCACCUUUCAAAACGAGAGAAGGAUGUAGUAACACCAACAGAGAGAAACACACGGUCUAAGGUCAAUGAGCAAAAAAUCAAGCCGGAAGUUGAGGUGGUUAAAGAGCGAACACCGGAGAAAGCUCAAUCUUCUUUGAGUCCAUGCGAGGAAAUCGAGAUUGGGAGCGGCAACCCGAACUCUGGGCAGUGCGAUGCCGCAGGCAACAGCUCCCACUACAUGAACAACGACUCGACGACGGUGAAUGAGACAGUGCUCGGUACUGCAACGAAGCCCGGGCCAAACAUGUUAAAACUUCCAGCCAUGAAUGCAAACGCGAUACUUGCGAAUCAAUUGCAGCAACAGAUCCAGCAAGCAGUCACCUCCUUCUCGGACGACAUGAUCCACAAGCUCGAAAUAGUCAACCACGAACUGAACAACACAAUCCUGAAGCGGCUCGCCACGCGCUACGAGACCGUGAUCCACAAGCUGCAGACCGACUUCGAGCGCGACACAGAACAGAUCGUCACCAUCUUCCAAGAACUGUCGACAUCGUUGCUGAACCUGUCACAAGACCAAUUGCUCGCAUGGCUCGACGACGUGCAGCGGGACUGCGAUUCGCGCCGUGCAAAAUGA